UUACAUGAUAAGGGUAAGCUAGGGAAAAGAAGAUAAAAAGAAAUGAAAGAGAAAAGGGUUUCUCCAUCAUCUUUAGUUUUUGCAUAUAUGAAAGAGCUUGAAAUAAAAUUGAGAGAGAAUUGAAAGAAGUAAGAAAUAAGUGAAGAGAGAGAGAAAGAGAGUAGCAAUGAAGUUCUUGUUCCAAUGCCCUUGUUGUUCUUGUUUCUGCUUCAUGAAGCCUAAACAAGGCAAGCCAAAAGCUCAAGAUAAUCAACCCAAAAAAGAAGCCAAAAAAGAAGAUCAACCACAAGCUCCACCAAAGGAAGAGAAGAAAGAAUAAUCAGAUUUCUUUAUCAUUAUCAUUAUUUUCUUUUCCCAAGAAGCUCAAACAGUGUAUGUACUCUCCAAACUUCUAUAAUCUGCAUUAGAUCUGCCUUUAUGGGCUCAGAAGUUGCAGCCCCUGUCUAAGAUUUGCCUUGGAUUUUAUUCUUAUAAUUGUAAUAAAUUUUCUGUUCAUCAUCCAUUUUUAUGUAUCAUUUUGGUUUGAUUCCACGUUUUAAUUAAGAUUAGAUGUUUGUGUCUCA